UCUGCUAUAACAUUUGGUGACGGUCCCUUACGGGUUUGCGUUUUGGCGCGUAAAAAUAAAUUAAAUAUUUUUAAACCCGGAAUACACAGAGGAGUUUUGUUUUAUUUUUAAAAAAGGAAUUUUCUGACAUCAGAUUGCUUCAAGUUAUACCUAAGGGCAUCAGUAAAGAACUGACGAUACUCCAUAGUGCUGGUAGUAUAACUAUCGGAUAACGGGCCUGCAAUCUGACCAGGUGGAAAUGCUGCGUAAGAAAAGAGCUUCCGCGGAGAAGAAUGAAAAAGCAACAGAAGCUCCUAAGAAGAAGAGUCGCUCGUCAGGACGCAGUAUUAAAUCCACGGGUCAGGGUAAUGUAGAUGAUGUAUAUGCCCGGCUCCUGCUGGAGGCAGGAAUCUGCUUGAAGCCGGGCAACUCACCCAAUGAAAUCGUUGUAGACCAAGCUGUCUUCCAGAAGAGGUUACAUAACCUCCUUAAGAAGAGUCCUCAGUACCCAAAUAUAAUCAAGGAGUUCAUAUCUGGAUUGGAGUCUUACAUUGAGGACCAGGAGAAAUUCAAAAGCUGCCUCCUACCCUGUGUCCCUCAGGCGCUGGAUGAGUCUACCAGUUCUGUCUCCUCCUAUCAAGAAAGCCUUGUCCGUCUCCUGUUAGGCGUCGAAAUACUCCAGUCUUCUGUGCUAGGAGUUUUGUUUGAGAAACUUCCAGAAUUCAUGUUCGAGGGUGUUGAAGAGAGUGGCCUAAAUACCUGUCGCAUCGUAAUAAACCAGCUGAAGUGGUUGGACAGAAUCGUGGACUGUAAGGAUUUGGCAGCAAAGCUGCUGGAGCUGGUUGCCGUGGCACCUUUGGAGCUCCAGCGUGACAUCAUCACCAGCCUGCCAGAGAUCCUGGAAGACUCCCAGCAUGGAGACAUCGCCCAAGAGCUCAAAUCCCUACUGCAGCAGAACACCCAGCUGACUGUGCCCAUUCUGGAUGCCCUGUCAAGUCUCAGCCUGAGUCCUGCUCUGUUGACUGAGGUGCGUGGGGUCAUAAUGACCACCCUGGUUGCGGUGCAGCUUGAGGACCUCCCUGUCAUUGUCAAAUUCAUCCUGCACACAGCCUCUGCUCUGGAUGCCAAUGAGGUGGUUUCUGACCUGCGGAGGAAGCUGGACCUGGAGUCCGUGGCCCCUCAACAUAAUACGAAGGCUGGCAGAAAGGGGUUGUCCAGGUUCCCACCAGACAAUAGUAAAGAGGACUGUGUUUCCCUGCUUUUGGAUGUCAUCAAGACUGCCGUGCGCUUUCAGAAGACCAUCUCUGAGGCGUGGUUGAAGGCCGUUGAGAAUGUGGUUGAAACAGACGAACACAAGGUCAUUGACCUGCUGGUGUUGUUCAUCCUGCACGCCACUAACGCCAACCAUAGCCGGAGGGGCGCUGAGAAACUGCUGCGUAUCAAGGUGAGGGAGGGGCACAUCCGAGAGGCUCUGCUGCAAAGGACGUUCCGGGACCACGGCCAGGUGAUGCGGAGCUUCUUUCCCUCCAUCUUGUCUCUGGCCCAAAUCCUGCUCCGAUCUCCGGAAACCUGUGUGGUUUCGUUUGGGGGUUCCCUGUAUAAACUGGCCUUCACCACCUUCGACUCGUACUGCCAGCAGGAGGUGGUGGGCUCGCUGGUCACCCACGUGUGCAGCGGCCUUCUGGGCGAGGUGGAUUCAGCUCUGGAGCUGCUAUGUGAGCUGGUGACGCAGAAGCCGGAGGAGAUGGCACGCUAUGCGGUUUUUGUGAAGGGUAUCCUGGACUACAUGGACAACCUGACGCCUCAGCAGAUCCGUAGGCUGUUUUACGCAUUGAGCUCACUGGCCUUCGGGAAGGACCAGGGCAGCCACAUCCAGGAUGACAUGCACAUAGUAUUACGCAAGCAACUGUCCAGCUCUGUGCCAAAGUACAGGCGGAUUGGCAUCAUCGGAGCAGUCAUGGUGAUUGGCAGCAUGGCCUCUACCAGGGACUCUGAUGAAAGCAGCACUGCACCCCAGGCCGAGUCCCUGCCCAAGGAGAGACACAGACAGGUGACCGGCCUACUCGAGCUGCUGCGCUCCUGCACUGAGGCGUGCCCCGAGUCGGCCGCGCUCUACUACGACGAACUGGCCAAUCUGCUUCAGACCUACAAGCUAGACCUGCAGGUGCAGGAGUGGAUUGGGAAGAGUGUGCUGGAGGAUUUCCAGGAGGAUUUUGUGAUUGACCUGGGACCGGACAUACAGGGCUCAUUUCCCUUCCCUGCUUCUGUCAUGUACAACCUGGAUGAGGAUGACAGCCAGGGAGGUAUUGCUAUCAACCUGCUCCCUCUGCUGGCGGAGGACCUCCAACGCAAAGGAGAGCAGUGGAGUCUACGGCAGGACAAGGGCAAGAAGCGUGUGUCCCCCCUUUGCCUGGCCCCCUUCUUCCGCCUGCUGCGGCUCUGUGAGGAGAAGCAGGACCAUGGAGACCUGGAGGAGAUCGAUGCCCUGCUAGGUUGUCCCGUCAUCCUGACAGACCUUGAUGUAGUGGAGAAAGUGGACAGCCUGUCCAAAGCUGAGAGGGAGUUCCUGUGCUCCUUACUCUUCUAUGCCAUCAGCUGGUUCAGAGAGGUUGCAAAUGCCUUCUGCCGUCAGAAAGACCCCGAGAUGAAGAUGAAAGUAGUGUCGCGAUUACAGAACAUCAGCUACCUGCAGGCUCUUCUGGAGAGGCUCCUGAGGGCAACACCUGGGUUCGUGCCUCCCCUGGCUAACUUUGACUGUGACAGCUCUCAGCUGGCAGCCCUCCUGCCAUCUGCUGCCCCUCCCAAAAAAGGAAAAAAAGAGGGCUCCGGUCGGAAGCGCAAAGCGUCUAGUAAGAAUUCAUCGGGGGGGGCCUCUCAGCUGCAGGAGGGGACCGAGGUAGAGGAGUCCCAGCAGGAGCUGCCACUGGACCCGGAGCCGGCUGUGGGAGUCAGCCUGGCCUCGUACCGGCCCUUCUUCAGGGAGCUGGAUGUGGAGUUGCUGAGUGUGAUUCAGUGCGGCCUGUUAUCCCGCUCACUUCUUGACACAGAGCUGCACAGCCACGAGAGAGUGGAGGUGCAGUUGGGCCCUGCGGAGCUGGUUUUCCUGCUGGAAGACAUGUGGAGGAAGCUGGAAGUCAGCUUGACGGCAGCCCCCGCAAAGAGGUCCCCGUUCAGGAAGUCAGGCCGAAGCGUGGGUUUCUCCCACCUGCACCAGAGGUCCCCCCGGGAAAUCGCCACUUUAUGGAUCCAGCUGCUGCCCACACUUUGCACCCACUUGGAGAACUGCCACAACUACUUCCAGGCUAUGCUCUCUGCCAACCAGGGGGUGCUGGACGGCCCUGGCCUCAACACCAAGGAACACCAACUCACGUGCUCAGUGCUCCAGCUGCUACUGCAGAUCCUACACACUGCUUUCAGCUGGAAUGACUUCACCGAGCACGAGCAGCGCCCCCUACUGAAGAGUGCCUUGGAGGUUCUGGCAGUUCGACUCAAGGAACAGGAAGCUGCUCCGAGCCUGGAGGAGCUCAUCAGGCACAGUUUUGAAUACCUGCUGAACUUCCGUAGCUCUGUUCCCACCUUGAGCUCGGCCCUGUCCCUCACGCAGCUCCUCAUUGUGAUAUCAGCCAAUCAGAUGUCCUGCAGAGAGCAGAUAGCUCCCCUUGUCCGGCACUUCCUGUGCCAGGAGUGGGUGGCGCCCCCUGGAGGGAAGGAGCGAGGGGUCAGAGACAGCAGCUCCCUGCAGGCCCUUCUUAGCAUUUACCUAGAAUACACAGAGGAUGUCCUGAGGACAGUGGAAGACAUCGCAGGCACUGGGGUCACUGAGCUCAUGAACACUGCUAAGGAUGGCAGCUCCAAAACCUUCCCCACUCUUAACAGGCAGACAUUUUUAGUGUUUUACCGAGGGAUGAUGGUCAAACUGGAGAAGUAUGUACAGAGGAUCCCCCCUGCCAGACAGGGCGACGGUAAUGAGGUCCAGUGUGAACAGCUCCUGACCUGGAACUUAGCUGUCAGGGAUUUCCACAUCCUGGUGAACCUGGUCAAGGUAUUUGACAGCAGGCCGGUGAUUAAUGUCUGCCUGAAGUAUGGCCGUCUUUUCCUGGAAACUUUCCUGAAGUUAGGGAUGCCUUUACUGGACUUCAGUUUUAAGAAGCACAAGGAGGAUGUCCAGAGCUUGUUGAAGACCUUUCAGCUGAGCACCAGACAGCUCCAUCACAUGUGUGGCCAUUCCAAGAUCCGACAGGACACCGGACUAACGAAUCAUGUCCCAGCGCUGAAGAAGAGCUUAGAGCAGUUUGUGUACCGGGUGAAGGCUAUGCUGGCUCUGAACCACUGCCAGGAAGCCUUCUGGCUAGGCAACCUGAAGAACCGUGACCUUCAGGGUGAAGAAAUCCUGUCCCAAAGGUCACAGGCCGAUGAUCAGGAUGAAGAGGAAGAUGCCUCCCAGCUGCCAGAGGAGGAGUCCAGUGAUGAGGAGCAGAGCAGGGGCCUGGAGAAGGAGAAGAAAUCCUCUGAGGAAGAGGAGGCCACAGAUGACUCUGACUGAAUCAGCUCUGAGUUCCUCCAUAUUGCUGCUAAUGCAUUUUCACUUCAGCCAGGUGGCUGAUCUGCUGCACUCUGUCCUUUUCAUGCCCCAGCGCUACGACUGAUAUGCUACUUUUCGCAAAUAUACCCUAAUUGAAUCCACCGAGGAUUUGUAUAAUAAACACUAAUUAUUACUGCUGCACAAAUGUUAUCUUUAGAAAUCCAGCUCUGAAGUACAACAGAAAGCCAACGUUCUCAUCUACUGUACAGCUUUGAAAAUUUGAAGAACAGCUGUUUUACAAUUUAUCCUGAAAGUUCUUUUUUUUUUUUUUUUUUUUAAGUAAGUGAUAUAGUCUCUGGCUUUUUUUGGUUUCUUAAUCUGUUACGGUUUCAUCAGCAUUUCAAGUGUUUGUGUCAGUUUUGAACUGGUUGACAGCAAUAAUUGUGACUUCGGUAAUUGUGUCCCAUUUCAGUGGAAAAGUACAAGCUGUAUGACACAAUGAAUUUUGGUCAUGAUGCAUUUUUGACUGUAGGUAACUUGCGUGAUGCUUAUUAAAAUAGCAAUUAAAUGUA